AUGGUCUCCUUUAGUGUAGUCACCCUUACCCUCUUGAUCACCUUCCUUCUGCAGCCUUUCCUUCUCAUAAAAUCCGAUGAAGAUCUCAUCAGAAAGCUAUGCAGCAAAACAGAAGAACCAGUCAUUUGUAGAGACUGUCUCAACUCUGAUCCCAAUAGCAAGCCUGCUGAUUCCCAUGCACUUGCACUCAUAGCCAUUAACUGUGCACAAACGGAUACUUCCAAGAUGUUCCAUGAUGUCUUCAAACUUUACAAUGAGACUCCAGACAAAACCCAGUUGAAGGAAUUCCUCAACGAAUGUUCGUGGAGAACGACAGAUGCAGCCGGAAACUUUGAUGCUGUUCUUCGUUAUGCUGCAGCUUUGGAUCAUGAUUCAGCCAAGACUGUUGUCAAUGAAAACAUUCUUCCACAGGUGAAUUACUGCAUAAAACAGUUUGAUGAUCAAGCUCCGACAUUGCCGGUGCCAGAGGAAGUCUUAGCUGGAACUAUAGCGGUGAACCAAGACUGCAAGAUUGUGCUGGGGAUUCUGAACAGUAUUUGA